AGGCAAGUUUAAACACCAUGAUGGAAAACUUUGAUGAAAACGUAGAUGAGCAGUAUGAGAAAGUUAGUUAUAUCCCAGAUGAAGAUAUAGAGAAGUACAAAUUAAACGAAAACCAGGACUUAAACCGAACAAACGAGUUAAUGAAGAUCAAAGAGUGAUUUGAUGAAUAUGAGAAUCAGCAUAAAGAUAGCGCAGAUCGAGAACAAGAAAGGCUAAAUAAGAUAAAAGAGGAUACUCAGAGUCCUCACAGAAUAAAAAGAGAAGAAAGAAAAUCUUGGAACCUAGGAAAUGAGAAGAUUAAGGGUGAUAUUAAGAGAGCGAGAAUAAGCAAAGAAGACCCUGAAGGGUAUAUUAAAUAAAGCAUUUGGACCAAACUUUGAGUUUUCUGAAGAAUACCUGACAAGCAAUAUUAAGUCAGAAACUAUUAUUAAAGCUAUAAAGAAGAGAUAUGGGUUCAAAUAAGGUUACCAAAUCUACAAUGAAGCACAUUCUGUAUGAAGGAGCUAGGCUCAACAGAGUCUUAAGAAUCAAUGACUCCUGAUUUGACAGAAUGGUAGAUAUUCUUAACAUCAAGUUUGAAGCUGAAGAGGAAGACAAGUUCUUUGCUCAAAAUCGAAAUAGCUUCUCUGACAAUGCUGGAAAAGGGCAGCAAAGAAAAAUAAACUCUCAGAAAUAAUGUUUUUAUGAAGAAUUCAAUGCAGGAGCAAGGUAGUCCAGGGAAAAGCAAGUUCAACGAAUCCUAUAGUACAGUAGAAUCUAUUCUGUUUGACAACUACACAAAUGACUUUGAAAAUGCCGUGGAUAUUCUCCAAAGCAUCAUUAACCUUGAAAAUGAGCACCUUGAUAAAUUUAAACCAAUUUUGAAUCCAAGCCUCCAAAAAGGGAGAUCAAAAGUAGCGCCAGUAGACCAUGACGAUGAAAUUUUGUUAAAACAUCAGCAAUUAAUGAAGAAUUAUGAAGAGACAAUACAUAAACUGUUGUCUAUAAGAUUUAAGUUCUCUCAGAAGCUUAAGAAAGAUGCUUUGCCAUCUAUUACAACCCAACCUGAGGAGAUGUAUACUAAAGGGGUUCAAUAUGAUAAUUUUAGAGUAGAAGAGUUUGAUCAAACCAAGAAAUGAAUUGAUCUCCGUAGAAACUAUGUUUCCAAAUUAUGAACUAUCUUCACAGUUUCUGUCGUACUUGGUGUAAUGAUGGGAACCAUAAUCUACUUUACUGAUUACUACGAGCUCAUAGGAUGGUGGAUCAUCUGAAGUAAAGGAUCAUCAGUAGCUAUUCUCUUUAUUCUUGGUAUAUGCAUGUUUUUCAUCUCUCAUGAUUUAAUGACUUGUGCUAGGAGAAGAUGUAAAAAUUUAAUAUCCGGAUGGUUAGAUCACUACUUCAUGAUUCAUAAAUUUUGAGGAUUUUUACUGACUGUUUAUAGCAUAGUCCAUUCAUUUUGACAUUUAGCAGGAUCAUUAAGGAUACUUUCUGGUAAAGAUAAUGUUGAUGAAAUAAAUAAGAAGAAAGGAGGAAGAGAUUUUGAUGAAGUUCCCACAUACAUUGAGUUAGUAACCACCACAUUGCCAGGAAUAACAGGAGUGUUUUUAUUAUUGAUAAUCUGCAUAAUGGCUAUAACAUCGACAAAAUGGGUAAGAAUGAACUAUUUUCAACUUUUUGGAUAUACCCAUAUGGCUCUUUUCCCUCUAUUUUGAUUACUCUUAUUGAUUCAUGGAUGAGAUUUUUGGUUUAAUUUUGGAGUACCCUACGCAAUUAUACUUGUAACCCCAGGCUUUGUUACAUUAAUAAUUCAACAAAUAAUGAGAGUAAUGUCGAACAAGAUAAAUCAUUUUGAAAUUAUUGAUGUUUCCCUAUCAAGCGACUCAACUUACAUGUUGGUGUAUUUGCAAAAGCCCAAAGAUUACAAAUUAAUCCAUGGGCAAUAUGUAUUUGUCAACUGACCUGUCAUAAAUGCUUUGCAAUGGCACCCUUACACAGUAGCCUCCUCUCCAAAUAACCCUUAUCUGAUUCUCAUGGUAAAGGGAGCUGGAGACUGGAGCUUAAAGUUAAUCAGACAUCUAUACGAAUGCAAACAAAAGAUGAUGAAAAUGGACACGAUUGAUUUCAAAGAGCACUCUAUUUAUGAUAUCUUUAAUCUCCUUCAUGACUUCCACCAGGAGCUACCUCUCAAAUUAUUUGGAGAGAGGAAUAAAUUGUUCUAUCCCAAGAUAAAGAUUAGCAAAGCUUGUUCGACUCCUAAUGAUACUUUCAUUGACAAAAAGAAUAUUAUCCUAGUUGGAGCUGGUAGUGGGAUCAGUCCAUACCUCUGUUUACUAGAAGAGGUUAUCAGAGAUGAAAAAGGCAAAAAGAGCAAAUAUAAUUUUGACUCCGCCAGACUGAUCUUUGUGGCAAGAGAAGGAGAACAAAUAUCAUGGAUUUCAAACUAUCUGUUCCAUAUUCUGAACUCCGCUUGCUUCUCAUCUAAACUCGAGUUCAAUAUUUUUGUGACUUUGGAUAAAAAUCUGAAAACUCUUCCUUGCUUCUUGUUUUGGAGGGCUUUCUUACUCAUCAGUUUAUCCAAACAUAUCUGAGGGUUUAAGAAGAAAAAUACAUUUUCCUUCAAAUAUGAUAAAGACAACAUGUUCAUAGAUAAAUCUGAGUUCAAGAAUAGUCCUGUUAAGGUCUUAUUUGGGCGACCAAAAUUUGAAUCACUAUUUUAUUCCACUAUCGAGAAAGUUAAAGACAAGCCAGUUGAGAAUGUAUAUGUGUAUUCCACCUCUAGUGCAGAGCUAAAUCAGGUGAUUUUCAACACAACUUGAAAACUGACUAAGGAAACAGGAAUUAAAUUUCACCAUGUUUAUGAGGCAACAUCUUAAGAUAAAUUUUCUCAGAUUUCAAUUUUU